AUGGAUCGCGUGGCGAAGCUGGCGUCGGAGCGUGCGGUGGUGGUGUUCACGGCGAGCGAGUGCGGCAUGUGCCACGCCGUGACGUCGCUCCUGGGCAACCUGGGAGUGAACGCGGCCGUGUACGAGCUGGACAGGAACCCCCGAGGCCGGGAGAUUGAGCGCGAGCUCGCCAGGAGGCUCGGCGGCGGCCCCUCCGUGCCGGCGGUGUUCGUGGGCGGGAACCUCGUCGGCGGCACCAACAGGGUCAUGGCGCUGCACCUCGACGGCGAGCUCGUGCCCAUGCUCAUGAGCGCCGGCGCGCUCUGGGUGUAG